UAACAUAACAUUAUCAAAACAAGAGAGGAUUACAUUCUGUGCCAGUGCUUUCGAUUCGUGCUAUUUUAGUAUUUUUAGUAGAGAUUUAUUGGUGUUAAAGCAUGUAGCUAGCUAGCUACAUUAUUAUACUUUGGUAAUGUUUGUCAUAAACUAAUCAGCAACAGCAAACAUAGGAAGAAAAAUGGACGUAGAUACUGCUGCUGAUAUAGAAUUUGAAUUAAUAAAUAAACUAAAUACCAUGGGUACCAGGGACAAAGAAGAUAUAUUGGCUCAAUUUCAAAGUAUUGUUGGAAGUCAAUUAAGUCCAGGAGGUUGCAGUUUCUAUCUAGAAAUGGGAAAUUGGAAUUUGCAGACUGCUUUGUGUGCUUACUAUGAUGUUACAAGCUCUUCAGAUCAAUUACCGAAUAUUGAAAUAAUUGAUGAGACCAUACAUACAAGUGAACACAGUGUACCACCAAAUCAACGAUUUCUCAAAACAUGGAGAUUAAAGAACACAGGAAAUGAGAAGUGGCCGUGCAAUCUUAAACUAAAAUUUGUCAACGGUUUUAAUUUUGACCAUUGUGAGCAUGUAGCUCUUCCUUCCAUUGAUCCAAACGAAACAACAGACGUUGUUGUUGCAAUGACGUCUCCGUUGGAACAGGGUUUGUACCAAGCACAAUGGCGAGUCGUGACUUUAUCUGGAACCUAUUGUGGAGGAGUGUUUAACGUUGAAGUUAAUGUUUCGUCUUCAAAUAUAUUAUCUUUAACGCAACAAAUGUCGAAUCUGGGCAGCCAAGCAGACAUAACUAGAUCAGAACACUCCGAACCUAUAUUAACUCCACUCCGGACUCCAGUAGCUGCGACACCAUAUUGCUCGCCUACCGGCUAUGGUAUUUUUGGUGGGAAUUCGGUUCCUACUAGUAUAUUAAAUGAUCAUUUGCCGACCAUAGAUGAAUCAACUUUAGCUCAACAAUUACAAAGGACUAACAUAAUAAACAGCUACGAGAAAAAUGAACAUCAAAUAGAUUUUAAUAAUACGUCUUCAUCAAGUUAGCCGUAAUACUAAAAAAAGAGUGAAAUAGCUAUGUAUAAUAAUGUAGUAUAUUUAUUUUAAUGAAUUCUUGCAUUUAAUUACAUGCAUAGAUAUUUGUUUCUUUGCGUUUUUUACAAGGCGUUAGAUAUAUAACUUUUGUUGCAUUACGAUUAGUAUUUAUAAUAAUAUUUUUACUUUCACUGCAAAACAGUUGACAAUCUUGGCCAUUUUGCAUACGCCUGCUUUUUGUUAUAAGCAGCAACGAUUUGUAUGCAAUUUGAAGCGACACACUAACCUGAAAUCUCGUCACCUUACACUAUAAAUGUUUGCUUACAAAACAAAGUAUAUAUUUUUUUUCUUUAAUGUCUGUCGAUUCAAUUUUUUAAAUUAUUUUUUUUAACAAAAAUAAUUUACUCGCCGCCCCGAAAUUUGUGUUGUAAUCUCAGUUUUCAUGUUCAAAUUAUACAUAAAACUUUCUUUAUUCGAUUUUUUUUUUGUCCGCAAUUUUUCGCUUUUCAUUCACAAAAAAUCCUUCUUUCCAGACUUUAUUGUUUACCUUCGAUACUGAGACAUGUAGUAAGCUAUUACCUAGAGGUAAAUAUAAAAUGAGAAUAAUUUUAAAUCAGUAAA